AUGGGGUUACUUUCACGCUUUCAGCGCAACAAUACCACAGAUCUAGCAUCUGCCAGCAAUACUCAUGCCACUUCCUUUGGUAGCCAUACUCGCAAAGACCCUCUUGUCACGAAUAUGUCUCAAAGACCAACCUUUCGCCGGUGGUUCACGGUGACAUGGCUUGACCUCGUCACCAUGGCAAUCAUAGGUGCGAUCGGACUGGGAGUCUCCGAGGCUCACCCAGCAGCCUCCCGCUCAUUCCCGAUCUACUUUCAAGAUGGCGAAAUCGUCUACCCUCAAUUCGCCUACCCCAUGCGAAAUGAGAUCGUGCCCAUCUGGGCUGCAACAGUUCUCGCUUUAGCAGUCCCUAUUGCUGUUUUUCUCAUAUGCCAGAUCCGAGUUCGUUCAUUCUGGGACUUGAACAACGCCAUCAUUGGACUCGAGUACUCCCUCAUCGCUGCGUCUGUUUUCCAAGUCUUCAUCAAGUGGCUCAUUGGCGGACUCCGAUCACAUUUCUUGGCCGUCUGCAAGCCUAACGUACCUGUUCAGGCAGCCCAGGAAACAGGAAACGGUUUGAGACAGAUCAUGUAUGAUCGUAGAGUUUGCACGGGAAACCAAAAGCAGAUUGAUGAUUCUCUUGAAUCAUUCCCCUCAGGUCAUUCCACAGCUGCGUUCGCUGGCUUUGUUUUCCUCUCCCUCUACUUGAAUGCCAAGUUAAAGCUGUGGUCAAAUUAUCACCCUGACUUCUGGAAGUUGAUUGCUAUCUGGGCUCCCAUCCUUGGUGCCACUCUCAUUGCUGGUGCUCUUACAAUCGAUGAAUAUCACAACUGGUAUGACUGCCUCGCAGGCGCAAUUAUAGGCACUGUCAUGGCGCUCUCUGCUUACAGAAUGGUGUAUGCUUCCAUCUGGGAUUGGCGUACCAACCACAUCCCACUCAACAGAGCUGUCCCUUUCAAUGGCGCUAGACCAGAACUUGAGCAUUCCGUCUUUACGCGUCAAGCUGGCUGGGGUGAUGCAAGUAAACAUGCUGGAGGCGAGAACCAGGCUGCUGGCCAUGGACUUCAAGUUGGACCGGUUGCUAAUGAAGAUUAUGGUCAGGGGCAAACUUCCGGUGUUAUUCGCAAGCCUUUAGAAGGAACUGGGAAUCAUGCAAGGGCUGAUCCAGGAAAUUUGGUUUAG